AUGGCGGCAACGGCGGAAAAGAGCUACAACUUCUCGAUUUCCACCACCAACGAUGUUGCAAUAUCAAAAGUUCUGAUUGAAGAAGACGGAGAUUCGAGAGAUUCGGGGAUUUCAAUUUCGAGUUGCAACGAAAAUGAGUUCGAAGAAACGAAAGCCGUUUACAAAAAGAGCGAGUUUCUGCCACUCCGACAAGCUCUCAGUGACUGCUCCAAUCAUGUGUCUAAAGCAAUUGUACAUAACACUUCAAGAAAUUCAUCUCGCUGCGAUACGCCAACAGGUCGAAAAAUUAAGUCAGUUUUUUCUUCUGAAUCAUUGGAUCAAAGCCAAUAUGAUAAGCAGUUUCUUCAGAAUCAGAAUUCCGCCAAACGUUAUCUCGACACAUCGUCCCGUAAAAGAAGUAGUAGUUCUUCAUCGAACAGCUCAAUCCACAAACGCAGCAAACAAGUCACCGCCGACGUCUAUGAUGAAAAUGAUCCGUUUUGUCCGUUUGAGGAGCCAGCAUUCCAACGGAGCAAUCCAAUCUCCUCUAUUUCAAUGUUUGACGUCUCAUCUAAUUUGACGGCAACAAUUAAAAGGAGUUUGCACGAUGAAUCGAACGGAUCGUUUCGCAAUAGUACUGAAGCGGUUCAAUACCAAGCGAAGGCGAGUCGAACCAUGAGCGUCGGAUUCCUCGAACCCGAUGCUCCAUUACCAUCAUGUCUCGAAGUGAAAUACCGCCUACCUGCAGUGGAUAGACCUCAAAAAGAAUCGCAAGCAUUUCGCAGCAUAUCCCCAAUGACACUAUUGAACGAAUUUCGAAAGCGUGGAGACGAUUUUUUCUCAAAAUUCGUCAUUGUCGAUUGUCGAUAUCCGUAUGAAUACAAGGGCGGUCACAUUAAGGGAGCAGUGAAUAUUCAUAAGCCGACGGAUCUCGAAGCGUUCUUCUUUCCACAUGAUCCAGCGAAUGUGAUUUGCAAAAAAAUUCCUAUAUUCUACUGCGAGUAUAGUCAGAAGCGCGGUCCAGCAAUGGCUCAUUUAUUGAGAUCGCUUGACCGUGUUCGUAAUGAACUCAAAUAUCCGCAUGUUGAGUAUCCGGAGAUGUAUCUGCUAGACCAUGGAUACAAAACAUUGUGGAGUGUAGAAGAAUGUCGCGAGAUUUGCGAACCAUGUGAUUAUGUGGCAAUGUUGGACGCUCGCCAUAGCUCGUCGUUGAAGUUGUACCGUGGUGCCAGCCAUCGAUCUACGACUUCAAUUAAGUCGUGUUCUGAGAUUUCUGUGAGUGGAACAAAAAAUCUUCGGAGAUUAGCUUCGAAGAAAAACGUCAGAAGCUGUUCGUUGUUUGGAAUCAACGAAAAGUCGAGGACAUCGAAAUUAUCAUUGUCUUGCGAGUGGAAUUCUGACGACGUGUUUUACGAUCUGGAUGCGCCACAGGACAGCAUGAUCAUUUCGCGUUCAGUAUCAGCUGUGGAAAUUAGCACAAUUUCUACAGAUGAGAUUGACCUCGAUAAAUGCUUGGAAUCUGAAAUUCCUGAAGUUAAGACAUCACUUAAAUGGAUCGAAACUCCAGAAUACCGGCAACCCGAGGAAAGUGUCGAUGAAAAAGAAGCGCAAGAUGAGUCGAAGUCGGAAACACCGAUUUCAUGCCUCGAUUUCUCGUCACUUUCCGAUACUGAGUGA